CCCCAGUCCCUUGAUGCCAGCCACUGGAGGGUGCGGUGCGGGGCGGGACCCGAGUGCCGCAGCGCCGUCCCGCAAACCCGUGCGUGUCCGGAGCGCAGCGGGCGGUGGUCUUAGCGGCUGCAGGUAGCGGCCGGAGUGGGUGAGUAAAGGGGCAAGGGCCGGGACCAGGUCCAGGUCCAGGUCAGCGGGGCGGGGUCUCCGCAAAAAAAAUAAUAAAUCGUCCGCAAACGGGCCGGGGGUGACAGAGCGGGACGGUGUGUUGUCUGUUGUGCAGCGGUAGUGGCAGCAGCAUUUUCCAUCCGGAUUCCCCCUCUCUCUGUGGCUCCAAACCCGCCGAAUCUCCGCAACCCAGUGCGGAAAAAAAACUUCACCAGGAUCCGCAGCCAGCCGCCGGAUUUCAGCAGCUUGUGCUGGAAGCCUCUCCAUCAACUGAGUAUUCUGACCUCUACCUUCCACUCUGAGCCGUAGGAUUUCUGACAAGAUGUCAUCCACAACCACAGACCUGGAUAAUAUGGAGGUCCAAAGACAAUACAACAUCAACAGUUGCAGGGAAACCUCUGAGAGCCAUCGGGAAGAGGAGCACAGCUCCUCCAAGCUUUUUGAAUCCUCAAGGAUUAAAGCACUGGCUGAUGAGCGUGACGCCGUCCAGAAGAAGACCUUCACCAAGUGGGUGAACUCCCACCUGGCGCGGGCGCUGUGCCAAAUCACGGACCUUUACGUGGACCUCCGCGACGGCUGUGUCCUGACCAAACUGCUGGAGGUUCUAUCGGGGGAGCAGCUGCCCAAGCCGACCCGGGGUCGGAUGCGAAUCCAUUCACUGGAGAACGUGGACAAGGCCCUCCAGUUCCUGAAGGAGCAGCGGGUUCACCUGGAGAAUGUGGGGUCCCACGACAUCGUGGACGGGAACCACCGUCUCACCCUCGGCCUCAUCUGGACCAUCAUCCUCCGGUUUCAGAUACAGGUGAUCAAAAUUGAAACGGAAGAUAACCGUGAGACUCGGUCAGCCAAAGACGCUCUGCUGCUCUGGUGUCAGAUGAAGACGGCAGGAUAUCCUGGCGUGAACAUCCAGAACUUCACCAGCAGCUGGAGGGACGGACUUGCAUUUAAUGCGCUCAUCCACAAGCACAGGCAAGACCUUGUUGACUUCAGCAAGCUGCAGAAGUCCAAUUCGACCUUCAACCUCCAGCAGGCAUUCAGUGUGGCCGAGCAGAGGCUGGGAGUUGCUAAGCUGCUGGAUCCUGAAGAUGUGAACACAGAGAAUCCAGAUGAGAAGUCCAUCAUCACCUACGUGGUGUCCUAUUAUCAUUACUUCUCCAAGAUGAAGGCAUUGGCGGUGGAGGGAAAGAGGAUUGGCAAGGUGCUGGACAAUGCUCUGGAGAUUGAACAGGUCAUUGCGAGAUACGAGUCGCUGGCAACUGAGCUACUGGAGUGGAUCGAACGAACCAUCGCUCUCAUCAGCAAUCAACGCUUUGCAAACUCUUUGCCUGGAGUUCAGCAGCAGCUCCAAGUCUUCACCACCUACUGCACUGUGGAGAAACCAUUCAAGUUUGAUGAGAAGGGGAAGCUGGAGGUCCUGCUGUUCACCAUCCAGAGCAAACUCCGGGCAAACAACCAGAGGCCGUACGUGCCACCCGAGGGCAGGCUGAUCUCUGACGUCAACAGGGCCUGGGAGAGGCUGGAGAAGGCGGAACAUGAGCGCGAGGGAGCGUUACGGAAUGAGCUCAUCCGGCAGGAGAAGCUGGAGCAGUUGGCACAUCGGUUUGAUCACAAGGCUGUGAUGCGCGAGACCUGGUUAAAUGAGAACCAGCGCCUCAUCUCACAGGACAACUUUGGCUAUGAUCUCCCUGCCGUGGAGGCUGCCAUGAAGAAACACGAAGCCAUCGAAGCGGACGUGUCCUCCUACAAGGAGCGGGUGCAGGUGAUCACAGAGCUGGCUCGGGAGCUGGAGGCCGAGGGUUACUACGACAUCAAGCGCAUCUCUGCUCAGAAGGAUAACAUCUUGCGUUUGUGGGGCUUCCUGCAGGAGACACUGACGGCUCGCCGUUCCCGCCUCGAGCUCAACCUGUCCCUGCAGAAGAUCUUCCAGGAGAUGGUUCACAUGAUUGACUGGAUGGAGGAGAUGCAGGUUCUGUUGUGUGCGAAAGACCUGGGGAAGCAUUUAUUGGAAGUGGAAGAUCUGCUGCAGAAACACAGCCUCCUGGAAGCAGAUAUCUCGGUGCAGGCGGAGCGCCUGAAGGCCUUGAACACAGCGGCCCUGGAGUUCACUCACGAUGAGGGUUACCAGCCCUGCGACCCGCAGGUAAUCUGCAAUCGGGUCCACCAUGUGAACAGCUGCGUGGAGGAGCUGCACCGGCUGGCAUCCCUUCGCCGCUCCCAGUUGGAGGGGUCGCGUUGCCUUUGGGCCUUCCUGCAGGAGAUGGAGGAAGCGGAGAGCUGGAUCCAUGAGAAGCAGCAGGUCAUCUCCUCGCCGCACCUGGGCAAGGACGUGAGCAGCGUCACCCUGCUGCUGGGCAAGCACAAGGGCCUGAUGGGAGAGCUGGCCGGGAGAUGUGGCCUCCUCACUCAAACCAUCACCAAGGGUGAGCAAAUCCUGGCGGAGAAACACUUCGGCACGGGGAACAUCCAGGAGAGGAUUCUGGAGGUCCGAGUCCAGUGGAAAAAGCUGGAUGAGUUGGCGGUUCUCCGCCUCCAGCACCUCCAGGAGGCCUUGGACUUCUUCCAGCUGAAGGCGGACACUGACGACCUGGAGGUCUGGCUGCAGGACGUGUAUCGCAUCGUGUCCAGUGAUGACUUCGGGCACGACGAGUACUCCACGCAGUCGCUGGCCAAGAAGCACCGGGGCUUGGAGGAGGACAUUGAGCAACACCGGCAGGUGGUGGAAGGCCUUUGUCGCCAGGCAACCAGCCUGGCCCCCGAGUACUCAGAGCUGGACGAGGUGAAGGGCCGGGUGGCGGAGGUGGAGAGCCUGUACACUGAGGUGAAAGAGGUGGCGGGACUGCGCCGGCAGUGGCUGCAGGACGCGCUGGCCGUGUACCGCAUGUUCAGUGAGGUCAACGCCUGUGAGCGCUGGAUCGAUGAGAAGGAGCAGUGGCUGAAUCGGAUGGAGAUCCCCGAGAGUCUGGAGGACCUGGAGUUGGUGCAGCAGAGGUUCGAGAGCCUGGAUCAGGAGAUGAACAGCAUGUUGACCCGAGUUGUGGAGGUAAAUGAAAUCGUGCAGCAACUGGUGGAGAAUGGACAUCCAAGUGCCACUGAGGUCAGGAGUUGCCAGGACCAUCUCAACAGCAGGUGGGGCCAGAUCUUGCGGUUGGUUAAAAGCAAAAAGGACACGACGAAUUCCCUGCUGUGCGUCCAGAGCUACUUACUGGAGUGCAACGAGAUUAAGUGUCAGAUCAGAGAGAAGAGGAAGGUCAUCGAGUCCACUCAGUACCUGGGCAAUGACUUUGGGGGGGUGAUUGCCCUGCAGAGGAAGCUCUCUACCAUGGAAGGAGCCCUGGCUGUGAUUGAGCCCAAGCUGAUCGGCCUGCAGCUGGAGGCAGAAGGCUUGGCCACGGCUCAUCCGAGUCAGGCCCUUGACAUCCUCGUUCAGUUUGAGGAGAUCAGCGAGGAGUGGGAGCAGCUGAAGAGGGCUCUGCAGGGUUGCGAGGACUCCCUGAGCGUCGCCGGGAAGCUGCAGCAGUUCAUCCAGGACCUGGACGGCUUCCUGUCGUGGCUGGCGCAGGCGCAAGCGGCCGCACUGUCCGAGGAGCUGCCCAACACGCUGGGAGAGGCCGAGUCCCUCCUCCGGCAACACGAGGCGCUGAAGGAGGAGAUCGGCCAGCGGGAGGACGACUACCAGCGGAUCCUGGCGGUGCAGGAGCUGCUGCCGCUGGACGAGGCCGAGCUGCCGCUGCUCUCCAUCCGGCAGUGGCUGCAGAAGCUGGAGCUGGGCUGGGGGAAGCUGCACCAGAUGUGGCAGCAGCGGCAGGAGGUGCUGCUGCAGUCGCACAUUUACCACCUCUUCCUGCGCGACGUCAGGCAGGUGGAGGCCUUCCUCAACAGCCAGGAGUCCAAGCUGGCCCAGCUGGAAUUACCGACAACGGUGGCGGCCGCAGAAGCAGCCAUCAAGAAGCACCGAGAUUUCCUGGUGACUCUGGAAAUAAACUUGCAGAAGAUCAACACGGUGGUCGAGGCUGGAGGUCACCUGGUGAAAGGCGGCAGCAUCUACCUGGACAAGAUCAAAGAUCAGACUGAAUCCAUCAUCACCAGGAGCCAAAGCAAUUACAAGCUUGCCCAUGAGUGGUUGGUGCAGUUAAGUGACCAAUGGGAGCUACAGCGGUUCCUCCAGAGUUGUCAUGAGUUGGGCGAAUGGAUUAGUGAGAAGAUGCUGACAGUCCGGAACACGUCACACGAUGAUGCUCAGAAACUGCACAAAAAAUGGCUGAAGCACCAGGCAUUUAUGGCAGAGCUGCUGCUAAACCGAGAGUGGCUGGCUAAAAUCGAGAAGGAGGGGCAAGAGCUGAUCAAAGAGAAGCCCGAACUGGCCACAGUUGUGAGGAAGAAGCUGGAUGAGAUUCACGAAUGCUGGACGGUUCUGGAAAGCACAACUCAGGAGAAGGCGAGGCACCUGUUCGACGUGAACAGGGCGGAGCAGCUGGUGCAGAGUUACAGUGAGCUGGACAGGAGGCUGUCCCAACUUGAGGGGCAACUGCAGGUGGUGGACGGAGGGCGAGACAUUGCCACAGUCAACACUCAGCUCCAGAAAUUGCAGGUGCUGGAGAACCAGAUGGAGGGCUGGUACAAGGAGGUGGGUGAGUUGCAAGCCCAGGCUGCAACCCUGCAACAGGAAGGCUCGGGGAAAGAAGAGGUCAUUGAGAAGCAAAAUGUCGUGGAAACGAGAAUUGUACGUCUGAUUGAACCGCUGAAGCAACGGCGGAGGAUCCUCUUGGCGUCCAAAGAGGUUCACCAGAUCACGCGGGAUAUGGAGGACGAGAUGCUCUGGGUUGAGGAACGUCUGCCAAUGGCCAAGUCCAAGGAUCAUGGUGUCAAUCUACAAACAGUGCAGCUACUUCUGAAGAAACUUCAGACCCUCCAACGGGAGAUUCAGGGUCACCAGCCUCGGAUCAGUGAUGUGAUGGAGAGAGCAGGCCACAUUGCUUCAAUCCAGAGCCCGGAGGCUGAUGCUGUGCGUCUGAGUCUGGAGAGGCUGAAAGAGCUGUGGACCGCGCUGCAAGAGGAGACGCAGCAGCGGCAGCAGAGGUUGCUUGCAAUGCAGCGAGCCCAGCAAUAUUACUUUGAUGCUAGCGAGGUGGAGUCAUGGUUGAGUGAGCAGGAGCUACACAUGAUGACAGAUGAGAAAGGAAAGGAUGAACAGAGCGCUCUCCAGCUGUUGAAGAAACACCUGAGCCUGGAGCAGACUAUCGAUGAUUAUGCAGAGAAUAUUUGUGAGCUCUCGAAGACGUGCAGAGCACUACUGGACGAAGGGCACCCGGAGAGUGAGCAGAUUAGCAAGCAACAAUCGCAGAUCGACCGUUUGUACGUGAGUCUGAAGGAUCUGGCUGAGGAGCGGAAAGGCAAGCUAGAGCAACAUUACUGGCUCUUCCAGCUGAACCGCGAGGUCGAUGAACUCGAGCAGUGGAUCGCAGAGCGAGAGGUUGUAGCAGGAUCGCCAGAACUUGGCCAAGAUUACGAGCACGUCACGUUGCUGCUGGAGAAAUUCACAGAGUUUGCCCAUGAGACUGGGAUGAUUGGGCAGGAGCGGGUGAACACGGUGAAUCAGAUGGUGGACGAGCUGAUCGAUUACGGCCACAGUGACGCAGCCACCAUCGCAGAGUGGAAGGACGGAGUGGGCGAGGCCUGGGCGGACCUGCUGGAACUGAUCGAGACACGAGCUCAGAUGCUGUCAGCCUCUCAGGAGCUGCACAAGUUCUUCAGUGACUGCAAGGAGGUGGCUGGCCACAUUGAGGAGAAACACAAACUGCUUCCAGACAUUGCCCUUGGCGAUUCCAGCAGCACCUUUACCCUGCAACGAAUGCUGAGUUCUUUUGAACAUGAUAUACAGGCACUGGUUGUCCAGGUGAGGCAGUUACAAGAGCACGCAGCCCAGCUGCGGACGGUGUAUGCUGGUGAGAAUGCAGAGGCCAUUCAGGUCCAGGAGCAGAGGGUGAUGCAGGCAUGGAAGGAGCUACUGAGCACCUGUGACCAGCGGAGGCUGCAGCUUACCACGACCAGCGACAAGAUCCGCUUCUUCGGCUUGGUCCGUGAGCUGGUGGGCUGGAUGGACAGCAUCAUCUUUCAGAUUGGGACAGGCGAGAAACCCCGAGACGUCUCUUCUGUGGAGGUGCUGAUGAAUUAUCACCAGGGUCUCAGAGGGGAGAUUGAAGCCAGGCACAAGAAACUCAUGGCUUGCGUUGAGCUGGGCAAAACCUUGCUCACCACUAAGCAUCAAGCUUCUGACGAGAUUCAGGAAAAACUGGACAAGGUACUGAAGAAGCAGAAUGAAAUGAUGGAGAAGUGGGAGCAACACUGGGAAUGGUUGCAACAGAUGCUGGAGGUCCAUCAGUUUGCACAGGAAGCAGUGGUGGCCGAGUCGUGGCUGAGCACACAGGAGCGACUGGUCACUAGCGAGCAGCUGGGCAACAGCGUGGACGAGGUGGAGCAGCUGAUCAAACGGCACGAAGCCUUCCGCAAGUCAGCAGCAGCUUGGGAGGAGAGGUUCAGCUCGCUGAGGAGACUGACCACGCUGGAACGCAUGGAGAAUAAGGUCCCCUUCACAAUCCAGCAGCAGCAGCCUGCCACACCCAUGUUGAGCCGCAGGAUACUGUCAGAGUCCAGGGUCUCUCCAAUUAAGCAGUCAGUGGCCGUCGCGGGGACCCGGCCCAUUAAACAGCAGGCAAAGUAUGAAAUUGUCGACGAGUUUGAGGAGGAGAAGCCUGACAGAGCGGAGUACAAGCCGGCUAAAAGAGCUGCCAGACAGGAGAAGCAGGAGCCAGCCGCCGCCAGGCGCCAGCAGGCAGAGGCGAAGCGCGAGCGGUCGCAGCCCAAGUUGGAACAGACAGAGGUGAAGCAGGAGCGCGGGAAUGAGCGGCAGGAGUCGCUGGGUGAGCCUCGGGAGGCGGAGCAGGAAGCUGCUGGGGACAAGAGAACAACCCUGGCUGACAUUGUGGAGCAGUUACAGGAGAAGGAAGCCCAGGAACGAGACUCCUCGCUUUCCGUUGGGCUGCCAAAUGGGAUUGAGAAGCUCCCAGAGAGAAUCCCACGACCGGACAGACCACGGGCCAGAGACAGACCCAAGCCCAGGAGGAGACCACGACCAAAAGAUCCAAAUCAGCCUGGUACAGAAACUCGUCGAUCCAGGUCUGCCCCCUCUCCACAGAACAGUGCCGCGGCCCCAGUGCUGGUGACACAUACGGCAGAGCAGGAGGGGAUCCUAGCACGCAAACACGAGUUCGAAGCUCCAAACAAAAAGUCAUCCAGCAGGUCCUGGGUUAACGUCUACUGCGUCAUCAGUAAAGGAGAUCUGGGGUUUUAUAAAGAUGCCAAGAGCCAUAAAGCAGGAGUAACCUAUAACGGGGAACCCCUCACCACACUUAGCGAGGCCACUUGUGAAAUCGCCAGCAACUACAAAAAAAAGAAAUUUGUAUUUAAAAUCCGGACAAGUGACGGAAAUGAGUACCUGUUCCAGGCAAAGGAUGAGGAAGAGAUGAACGAUUGGAUCAAGGCUGUUUCCACAGCCAUCACAGAACAUGCAGAAAUCGCUCAGCAAAGCGGCCAGAUCCCUCCUACUACCUCCUCCACCGAUGAAGGAAAUCCCAAACGGGAGAGCGAUCGAAGAUUCAGCCUCUUUGGAAAGAAGAAAUGAAGAUAAGAGAUUAUUUUUGACUUACAAACUGGAGCCAUGGUAUUGGAUGUUUGGAUUCGCACUUGGUGAUGUACAAAUUAUUUCAUCUUGAACCUGAGCAACUAAUGUUUUUAAUUUUAUAAUUUACACGGAUGUUGAACAAUUGCAGUUGCUUCUUUUGAAUGGACUUGUGAAGACUUUCUAUCUAAAUACAGUUCAGUUACGUUCUUUUCAUGAAUCCAUUCGGCUGCUGGCUGGAAUCAUGAGCUAGAGGUGAAGGACCCAGGCUUGGCUAGUCUUUCCGAUCCAAUACAUUGGCAGUUUGUUGGGACUUGUGUUGCCUUGUGUUCUCCAGUUCCACACACUUGUGGACUUGACUCAAAAUGUUCAGCUUGAGUAUGAAUAAUGACAAUGAAUAUGAGAAAUAUCCCCACCCAUCAACAUAUUUUAUUAAAAAAAAUGACUAUCACAUCAUUCAGUUUUAAUCUUCUUUACAAAUAUGAACCUCCUGAGAAGAUACAAUGCUUGUUUUAUUUAUCAGCAGAAACAUAUUUAAUACGUACUGCUAUUAACUGGAAUCCUUGCAUAACAUUGAAAUGUAAAGCAAUUAAUUUUAAAUGUGAUUCCUGGCAUCGUAGCAACUGUUCUCCACAGGGGAAUCUGAUUCUUUUAUAAUUUCUGAAUCGCUAACUUUGGAAGAUGAAGGAUUAACGUCACGUUGAGGGGCUUGAGCUGAAGAGACCGACUCGAUACUGGGUCAAACUGUAUGGUUUGGGCAUUUGUGCUGUCCGUCUAUCCGUUCCUCAGAACUGCUGUCAAAAAGAAAGAAAAAUAUAUUAAAUAAAUAUUUAGCUAAGA